CAUUUUGAGUGCGUCACUUCCGUUUUUUUCUUUUCCUCUUUUUUUCUGGUUUGUGAUAACUGCAACAUUUUCCCACCUCCCCCGUUUAUUCUUAGGGUCCAAAGUCUUUCCAUGUGUUUCGUUUCUCGAUUUUUACGAUAGUACGUUUUGGACCAAAUAAACAGUCGAGGCUUUUGCAUCGUUGCUGAUCGACUCUAAAGACUGCAUAUGUCUUUUGCUGCAGAACAAUAGCUGGCUUAGUUGCAUGAUACUUUGUGUUAGCUUUGCAUAUCCGAGGCUAUCAUGCAUCCAAUUUUAACUUUAACCAGCUAACUUCUAGACACUGUUAAGUAAUCCUACUGCUGUUGGUUGGACAGGAAGUUCGUCGGAUGAAAUAAGUCCAGACACAGCAGCGUCAUGUCGGAAGAACUGGACCUGUCACCUCCGGAGGUACCUGAACCCACCUUACUGGAAAGCAUCCUGCGCUAUGGGUUGUUUUUGGGUGCCAUUUUCCAGCUGAUCUGCAUCCUGGCCAUUAUAAUGCCCUCAUCCAAGAGUCACGAUCAGGAGGAGACCGAAUCCACUGAAAGCAAAACUGGAGAACAGAUGAAGAAAGCAAAAGGAACGGCACCUCAGAUUCGACAGAAACAAAAGAAGGAGAGCAAAAAGAAAAGAUAGAUGUUUGUGUGCCCUUUUGUUGUGUGUGUUUUGUCUUUAAUCCCUGUUAUAAGGUUCUGACUUCAUAUUACAACACUACAUCUGAGUCACUUCAGAAUGACCCUCAGCUUAAUCUUUACACUCAGCACACACUAAAUGACGUAGCGUUUGCUGAGUGUUAAUGAUUGCUGAUAAAUAUUUGACAGUGUUUGGUUUUCCUUUAUCUGCUUUAAUUAUCAUAUGUGUAUGUGUAUUACAAUAAAUAAAAUAACCGCCAUAACUGUA